AUGAGCCCGAUUGGCUGGACGCUGGCGUGUAUGCUGCUCACGAGCACUUUUUCGAAAAUCUCGUGGAGCGUCGAGUGCGCGCGCGUCGCCGACGAAGCUGGACGCGCCAAAGUCACGAAACUUUUGCCGAUUCCCGACCGCCAUGACGUCAAUUUCGACGUACGAGAGCUCAGAGAAUUCUUGGACGAUUUGUUCAAUGGCGGGAACAGCGUUCAGGAAUCGAUCAGUAGACAAGCGCGUACUUUCGGUCUGAAACGAAUACAAUUCAUGCUGAUGCCGAUGGUGUACAAAAUGGGAGUGAUGAUGACUAUGUUGACGGUUUUGACGGUGAUCUCUUUGAAGGGAUUGCUCAUUGGUGCCACUCUGUUGAUGUUAAAAAUAGGUACAAUAAUUGCAAAGAUUUCGUCCAGCUGGCAUCAACAACAAGCACCGGCCUGGUCGUCUCAACCGAUCCACGUGCACGUUCACAACAGUUUGCCAAUGGGGCAUCAUCCAGCGUACAGUGGUUGGAUGCAGCACAGCGGUCCAGGAGACGAGGAACACUAUUAUUAUAGAGGACAUUGAAGAAAAACUUCCGAGAGCAUCCUCUCACGGAUGGAAAACUAUUUCA